CAGUACAUUGUACAGAAUGUUUGAAGUUUUGUAAAAUUAUGGUUCCUGGAAAAGCCGUCGGGCUUCGAGCGACAAGUCUUAAGUCACCGGACGGAUGUCAUAAAGAAAAAGUCCAUAUAUUUUGGAGCUUACUGUGCGCCGCGUUCUUUGUGUUUAACUUCAAGAAACAUUUGCUUUGUGCUUAUUUUACAAUGGUCGUUGUAUUCUUUCGAACGCUGAAAUUCCUGAUUUGAAAAUUGGCUAUGUGGCUCAGAACGACACACUAGUCUUUCCAGCUUAAUGACCACUGCACAUUCAUUUUUGAAGUUUAGUUUGCGCAGUUAAACAUGGUAAUGGAAAUAAAAACUGUAAUCCCUCAAGAUCAGCAUCAACCAGAGUGAUACAACAGUUGGUGUUAUUGUGUCAUUACCAGCAGUUACCCUCCAUGGCUCCAUGCGCAGAAAUCAUGGAUUGAAGGGGUUUUCUAUAAGCGAGAAUGUGGCAAAAUUAUACCCAGUUCCAAAGAUUCACACAGGUGUCUUCCAGGAUGUCAGAUUUGCCAGAAUCUGGUGCUGCUGUGGACGGCUGGUUGGUGAUCACCCUGGCUUAGAUAACAACUUACCAGUCUAUUUAUCAGCUCACGGCGAUGGAGAGGAGGAAUGGUGCAUUGAGAAUCACACCAUAGCAAGUCCAACUGACUCUUUCGGUACCAUAGAUUUCCAGGAUGGCGCUUACUCCUACCGUGCUAAGUAUAUUAGAGUCUCAUAUGACACGGAACUGCACCAGUUGCUCCAUUUGAUGUUGAAGGAAUGGCUAAUGGAACUACCAAAGCUACUAAUAUCUGUCCAUGGAGGGAGCCAGAACUUUGAACUUCCUCCAAAGCUGAAACAGAUCUUCGGGAAAGGACUUAUCAAAGCAGCUGAGACUACUGGGGCAUGGAUAGUGACGGAAGGCAUCAACACGGGAACUUCUCGACAUGUUGGAGAUGCAAUAAAAGAUCACACGUCCCCAUAUUUACGAAAGAUCUGCAUAAUAGGGAUUACACCCUGGGGAGUCAUAGAAAAUCACCGAGAUUUGAUUGGGCAAGAUGUAGUGCGACCCUAUCAGACACUUGGUAAUCCUUUGAGCAAGCUGACCAGUUUAAAUAGCAAGCAUUCCCACUUCAUCCUGGUAGAUGACGGAACUGUUGGCAAAUAUGGGAAUGAGAUGAGGCUGAGGAGGAAUCUGGAAAAAUAUAUUGCACUUCAAAGAAUCCAUACUCGGAUGGGCCAAGGUGUCCCUGUUGUGGGUCUGGUGAUUGAAGGUGGACCUAAUGUCAUCCUGACUGUGUGGGAAUAUGUGAGGGAUACUCCCCCUGUGCCUGUUGUUAUAUGUGAAGGAACAGGCAGGGCAGCAGAUCUCCUGUCUUUUACUCAUAAACACACUGCGGAUGGAGGGAAAUUGUACCCUGGCUUGGAAGAUGAAUUAAUAUUAAUGAUCCAGAAGACCUUUAAUUUUGGGCAGAAACAAUCAGGUCAUUUGUUUAAAAUUCUUAUGGAAUGCAUGGAGCGCAGAGAAUCAAUUACAAUUUUUGAUGCAGACUCCGAAGAACAACAGGACAUCGACUUGGCAAUAUUAACAGCUCUCCUUAGAGGUACCAAUACUUCUGCACCAGAUCAGCUAAGUUUGGCUUUGGCAUGGGACAGAGUGGACAUUGCAAAGAAAAACAUUUUGGUUUAUGGACAACAUUGGAAGGUGGGAUCCUUGGAACAGGCCAUGCUUGAUGCUCUGGUCAUGGAUCGUGUGGAUUUUGUGAAACUGCUGAUUGAGAAUGGUGUGAGCAUGCAUCGCUUUCUCACCAUCUCCAGACUUGAGGAGCUCUACAAUACGGGAUUUGAAGGACGUGGGCUAUCACGAGAUCUGUGGCCUAUUUCAAAGUUAGAGCAUCUCACUCCAUCAUGUACAUUUUUCACAAGCAGCGAGAAACAAGGUCCAACUAAUCUUUUGUUGCACCAUCUGGUUCGAGACAUGAAACAGAGUAACCUUCCUCCUGGUUACAAAGUUACUUUGAUAGACAUUGGAUUGGUGAUGGAAUACCUGGUAGGAGGUGCUUACAGAAGCAUCUAUACACGGAAAUCCUUCAGACUCCUGUAUAAUAGCCUCUACAGACAGCACAAGCGAGUUAGACGUCAUGCCGUCACCAGUUUCACUCAAAGUUGGAGCAACCAUUCCCUGAAUCAGAACCAAGAACCAGCUGCCAGAGUGCAAAGUGAUGAGCAGAGGCUUCACUCUCAGUUUAUUAGAACAGCUCAGCCAUACAAACGAAAGGAAAAGCCAACUUCAAGCAGUAAGUCAAAAAAGAACCAGAAAAACGGUUUGAAUUAUACAGUGGAGCAUGAUUCUGCAGGUUUUAUCUACCCCUACAACGACCUGUUGGUGUGGGCUGUGUUGAUGAAGCGUCAGAGGAUGGCCAUGUUCUUCUGGCAGCAUGGAGAAGAAGCCAUGGCUAAGGCAGUCGUGGCCUGCAAACUGUACAGGGCAAUGGCUCAUGAGGCAAAGCAGAGCAACAUGAUGGAUGACAUUUCGGAGCAGCUAAAGCAGUAUUCCACGGAAUUUGGACAGCUUGCUGUGGAUCUUUUAGACCAAGCGUUCAAACAGAAUGAGCGAAUGGCAAUGAAACUGCUGACAUAUGAGCUGAAGAACUGGAGCAACUCCACAUGUUUGAAACUGGCAGUGUCAUCUGGCCUUCGGCCCUUUGUCUCCCACACAUGCACUCAGAUGCUCCUGACUGAUAUCUGGAUGGGACGGCUCAAUAUGAGGAAGAACUCAUGGUUUAAGGUCAUUUUGAGCAUUCUUCUUCCUCCCACCAUUCUGAUGCUGGAGUUUAAGAGCAAGGCUGAAAUGUCCCACAUACCUCAAUCUCAGGAGUUUCAUCAGUUUGCUCGACAAUGCAGUGCACAAAACUCCAAUGCUGCUAAGGACGAUCAAUCUUCUAUGGAGUUGGAUACAGAGACUGGCCCAGAAAAGUCAGCGAAUGAAGUUAUCAGUACAAGACAAAAAGGACUUCCUUGGACAAGAAAAGCUUAUGAAUUCUACAGUGCCCCGAUUGUCAAGUUCUGGUUCCAUACGAUAGCUUAUUUGGGAUUCCUUAUGCUAUUCACUUACACAGUGUUAGUGAAAAUGGAACCUCUUCCCAGUGUCCCAGAAUGGAUUGUCACUGUCUACAUUUUCAGUACGGCUGUGGAGAAAGCCAGAGAGAUCUUCAUAUCAGAGCCAGGAAAGUUCAGCCGAAAGAUUAAAGUUUGGGUCCAAGAGUAUUGGAACGUCAAUGAUUCUGUGGCUAUAGUCCUGUUUGUUAUCGGGUUUGGCUUACGUUGGACUGAUCACCCAUUACAGGCAGCUGGAAAGAUAAUCUAUUCCCUGGACUUUAUAUUUUGGUUUGUGAGGCUUCUGGAUUUCUUUACAGUUAAUCAAAAUGUAGGGCCAUACCUGACAAUGAUUGGCAGAAUGACAACAAACAUGUUCUAUAUAGUCAUUCUGAUGGCGAUUGUUCUUUUGAGCUUUGGGGUAUCAAGAAAGGCAAUACUUUCUCCAGCAGAACAACCAUCCUGGCGCCUGGCUCGUGAUAUAGUAUUCCAACCUUACUGGAUGAUAUUUGGUGAAGUCUAUGCUGGUGAAAUUGAUCCUUGUGAAGAAGAUGCAGAUUGUCCUCCUGGGUCAUUUCUUAAUCCGUUUCUUCAGGCAGUUUAUCUUUUUGCACAAUAUAUUAUACUGGUUAAUCUACUCAUCGCUUUGUUCAACAAUGUUUACUAUGAAAUGAAAUCCAUAUCUAACAAACUUUGGAAGUAUAAUCGCUACCGUUACAUUAUGACCUAUCAUGAAAAGCCAUGGCUGCCACCUCCUAUUAUUAUCUUCAGUCACCUAGCUCAGCUACUGAGUAGAAUUUACCAACGUCGAGCCAAAAAUGAGGUGGAUCAAGAAGAGGAGGACGUCGGUUUAAAAUUGUAUCUAAGUAAGGAGGAAUUGAAAAAGCUUCAUGACUUUGAAGAGCUUUGUGUGGAGAAAUACUUUCACGAGAAGAAUGAAAGUUUCCAUUCAAGUGACAAUGAAAGAAUUCGAGUAACGACUGCAAGAGUUGAAGAAAUGGCUAUGCAUUUGAAAGAAGUAAAUGAAAAAGUCCAUUACGUCAAGGAAUCUUUGCACAGUUUAGACAGCCAACUUGGACACCUACAGGAUCUCUCGGCCUUGACUGUGGAUACUCUGAAAGUGAUCUCUGCUGUGGAUAGUUUAAAAGUGGAUGAUGCAUUUCUAGGGAGUAACACAGAAAGCAGUGACUUCCGAAAAUUGCCACAUAGCUGGAGCAAUGUGAUUCACCUGAAUCCUUUGGAUAAUUUUUCUGCUGAAGCAAAGCAAAAUUAUUUUAGCACUCCACCUUCACUACUUCGAAACUUAGCAAACUACCAAAAGCCAUCAAUAUGUUACAGUAAUGCCAACAUUGCAGUUGAAUUGCCCAAGCCAGAAAAGCAGGAUGAGAACAAGCAGGUAUCUUAUGCUGACCGUGCCUGUCCUCAGGAGAAAGAGUUGGAAGGCCGUACUGUCAUGUCAGAAAUAUCAUCUGAGCCCACAUCACCUCAUAGAUAUACACAAUUAUUCCCAGUUCCUUCCACUUUUGAAAGCUUUAAGCACACAGAUCUACAUUUUAAUUUGUCACUUCCAAACACUCCAACAUUGACGGAUUUAAAUUCCAAUGUUCAAAAACAGGAGAAGAGUCCAUGCAGAACACCAAUACAAUUCAGCUUUCAAAGCACACUCUCUGAUCAGAAUGAGGGUGAAAACCAUGGGAAGCAAUGGAACAUUAUUCGUACGAGUCCUGAAAGAACUGAUGGAAAGGUGGAUACACUUUCAUUGGACCUACUGACUUCUCCAUUUGUUAUUGAUAGUCCCCUUUUAUCAGAUAGUCACAGUGAAAGGAGUGAGGUUGGCUAUGUCAACUGGGCAUUCAAUGAAGAUGACGAGCCUGGGAUCUUCUGUGCAAGUUUGAAGAAUCAAAGGAAAAAACAUGUUCAUUCUUUAUUCAGUACUAACUGUACCAGUAGAGCUGAUAGGCCAUACCAUGCUCCCCUCAAAAAGUCUCAUUCCUUCUCAUUCAAUUCAGAUGGAUCUGAGCUUAACAAUGAGAACUUGGAGUCUUUCUCCAAACACAAAUACAACAGUAUUUCCUACUGGAUCAAUCCACUAAGAAGGAACAGGUGGUCUUCUCGAAGAAACAGCUUAAGGCUCAGGAUUCAGAAGGAAGAACAUUUGUGGCGCAGUACAAAAAUAAAAGCCUUUAAAAAACUUUCACAGCCUUCGAACUCAAUGAGGUCAAAAUUAAACCCACAAAAUUGUCGGAGAACAUCCUCGAGUCGGCAAAAAAAACCUUCCAAGCUGCAAGUACCGGUAAUCACGGUAGACGGGUGUUCUCAGAAGGCUUUGGACUCAUCUCAACAAAACAAUGCUGGAAGUGAAAAGAGCAUGGAAGAAAAGGAAUGUAACAAAAAUUGGCUAACUAUCUCCACAUCCAACCAGAUCACAGGUAAUGAAGCUGUCGGUUGUCCAAACCAAAACAUUCACGAUCAGGAUGGCAGCAUGAUGUCGAAACCAUGCAGUGAAGUUGUAAGGACAUCAUUUGAGGAUCUGACUAAAGAUUCCUUUUUGCUAAGUAAACUAAGCAGGAAAUCCUCGUCAAAUUCAUGUGUUAUUGAUGCAUUUGUUACCUCAUUUAAAACUUCUCAGGAUCUGAACUACCAUUAUUCUGCUGUUGAAAGAAAUAAUUUAAUGAGGCUUGCGCAGACAAUACCAUUCACGCCCGUUGAUCUCUUUGCUGGUGAGGAGGUAACCAUCUACAAAUUGGAGGAGAGUUCACCAGUGAACCUGGACAAGAGUAUGUCCUCCUGGUCUCAGCAUGGUUUGGCUGCCAUGAUCCAUGUCCUUUCCAAGGAAGAAAUGGAUGGAGGUCUUCGUCGGGCUAUGAAGGUGUGCUGCACUUGGUCAGAGGAAGAUGUGCUGAAAAGUGGGCAGACUUACAUCAUAAAGUCCUUCCUGCCAGAAGUAGUUAAAACCUGGCAGAAAAUCUUUAGUGAAGGAACUGUACUCCAUCUCUGUCUGAGAGAAAUUCAGCAGCAAAGAGCUGCACAGAAACUCAUUUACACUUUUAAUCAAAUGAAGCCCCAAACUAUUCCUUAUACUCCACGGUUUCUGGAAGUUUUCCUGGUUUAUUGCCAUUCUGCUAAUCAAUGGUUAACAAUGGAAAAAUACAUGAAUGGUCAGUUCAGAAAGUACAACAACAACAAUGGAGAUGAACUAAUUCCGACAAAUCUGCUGGAAGAGACCAUGUUAGCUUUUUCUCAUUGGUCGUAUGAAUACACAAGAGGGGAACUACUCGUCCUGGACUUGCAAGGUGUUGGAGAAAAUCUUACUGACCCAUCCGUUAUUAAAGCUGAAGAAAAAACAUCACGAGAUAUGGUGUUUGGACCAGCUAACCUAGGAGAAGAAGCAAUCAGAAAUUUUACAGUAAAACAUCACUGUAACACUUGUUGCAGAAAACUAAAACUGCCAGAUCUGAGAAGAAACUUUUAUAAUCCAAGCAAAGUAAACCCUCCUCUUGAAGAUGAUCCUUCAACUGCUAAGACAAACCUGUGACGUUUGGCUUUCUAUUUUUGCACAACUAAGAAACCUAGAACCUAUUUAAUGGAAAUGAAGAAUGCCUAAUCACAUGGAAUGUUUAACUUUCUUAAUAAUGCAAAAGUGCAAACUGUUACUCAACACCUGAUCAGCAGUUGUGAAACUACUAUUGCUUGUAUCAUGCCAAUAAUGUUUAUACUUAAAAUUUGGAUUUGUUUCAUAUUCAAACACACCUGCAAGCAUUGCCACUCUAAAAAGCCCACCACAGCACCUAUUUUGUCAAUUGCUCAAACAGCCAACUGUUCAGAUUGAUUUUGAAUGAAAUGUAAACCUUGGUGAUAGUCUCAACAGGAAAACUGACAGGCCUCUCUGUCACAGACUGAGUUACCAUGGUUUAAUGUUCCCUCAUCAGUUCCCUUGAACAUACUGAAAAACAGCUGGGAACGCCUUAGACAUUGAUUCCUAGACAAAAUGGGAAUUUGAUAUUAAAAGUAGGACCUUGAAUAGUGUUGGAGAACAGAGAGACCUAGACGUUCAGGUAUAUAAUUCUUCGAAGUUUAUGUCACAGGUAGACAGGGUGGUUAAGAUGUUUAGCACACUUGCCUUAGUUGUUUAGACCUUUAAGUAUAGGAGUUGGGACAUUACAUUGAGAUUGUACAGGAUGUGUGAGGCCUGUUCUGGAGUACUGUGUCCUGUUCUGGAGUACUGUGUCCUGUUCUGGUUGCCCUGUUAUUGGAAGGAUAUUAUUAAAUUGGAAAGUGUUCAGAAAAAGAUUUACCAGAGAAGAUGUUGAUGGGAUUGGAGGGUGUGAGUUGUAAGGAAAGGCUUAUAGGCAGGAACUUUUUCACUGGAACGUGGGAGGUUGAGGGGUCACGUUAUAGAAGUUUUUAAAAUUGUGAGGGGUAUAGAUGAGGUGAAUGGCCGAUCUUUUUUCCCUAGUUUGGGGAAUUGCAAGACUAGAGGGCAUAUUUUUAAAGUGAGAGGAGAAAGAUUUAAAAAAGAUAUGAGGGGCAAUUUUUUUUCCAUAGAGAGUGAUUUAUGUGUGGAAUGAACUUCUAGAGGAAGAGGUGGAUGUGGGUACAGUUGCAACAUUUAAAAGACGUUUGAAGAAAUACAUGAAUAAGAUGUGUUUGGAGGGACGUUGGUCUAGUGCAGGCAAAUGGAACUAUUUAGUUUGGGAUUAUGGUCGGCAUGGACUGCUUGGACAGAAAGGUCAGUUCCCACUCUGUAUGGCUCUAUAAUCAGCAAAUAAGACACUACAUAUAAACAUGUAAGAAACGUGUAAAAGCACAUAAAAAGUAGAAAUAAGAGAAAGCCACUCAACCUCAUGUCUCUACUCUGCAAAUUUUGAAUAUUUUGAUCAUCACUUGAAAGUGUGUGUUUUCUUGAAUUUUUAAUCCUCAUUCUAAUUCUGAAUAUUGUGACGCUUUGACCUUACCUUCAAUUUCUGGCAUAUGUUCAUGUACACUCAGUUAUGAUUCACAUUCUGAAACAAAUUGUUUUCCUUUGCCACAAUAUAAA